AUGAAGCUGUCACAACUCGCGUUCCUUGUUUCGACGGCGCUUUGCCAAUUUGCUGCCGCCAGGGCAGUUGGCAAGCGAGCCAUCUCUUCUGUUGUGAACGGCACACCGAUGGGCUUCGCAUCCGCAGUCACCGGCGGUGGCGACGCCGAACCAGUGUACCCGACCACGAUCGACGAGCUCAAGGAGUACCUCACCUCCAGCGAUCCCCAGGUCAUCGUGAUAUCCGGCGAGCUUGACUUCUCAGGCUCGGAGGGCACGCAGUCCCUCGAUGCCUGCGACGCAUACGAAUGCACCCCGGACAAUGGCGGACAGGCGAUGCUCAACACUCUCGACGGCUGUUCUACGUCUACUUACAGCGUCGAGAUCGAUACCGCCGCUUACCAGGGCAUCAACGUUGCCUCGGACAAGACCUUGGUCGGCAAGGACAAGGCGACGCUCAACGGAAAGGGAUUGCGCUUUGUCGAUGCUUCCAACAUCAUCGUUCAAAACAUCGAGAUCACGAACUUGAACCCCAAGUAUGUUUGGGGCGGAGAUGCUCUCAGCUUUUCUGGCACCCAGAACAUUUGGAUCGACCAUGUCACGACCUCGAGCCUAGGCCGCCAACACUACUCGUUUGGAUCGGAUGCUAGCAGUGGGAUCACCAUCUCAAACAGCUUCAUCAACGGCGAGACAGCCCAGUCUUCGACAUGCAACGGUCACUCAUACUGGGCUAUGGAGCUUGUUGGUGCUGACGAUCAGAUCACAUUUUACAAAAACUACGUCUAUAAGACAUCGGGCCGCACCCCAGCAUUGUCAGGGAACACACUUCUCCAUGCUAUCAACAACGUCUGGUCCUCUAAUGAGGGCCAUCUCCUCGAGGGCGACAAGAGCACCAGCAGGGGUCUUUACGAAGGCAACUACUUCGAAGAUGUUCCGACAGUGGUGGUCGAUGGUUUCGCUGGCCAGCUGUUCACGUCUGACGCAUCCGACGUAUCGCAGUGCUCGGCGUACCUGGGGCGUGACUGUGUGUCCAACGAGCUGUCUUCCUCAGGGGAGUUCAGUUCCUCCGACACGGGUUUCCUCUCCGACUUCAAGGGCCAGUCCAUCCCUGACGUUGAAUCGGCCUCGUCCAUCAAGAGCACUGUCCCGACCGAGGCAGGAAACACGUUUGGUUUCCAGGGAAGAUCCUCUCAUACCGUGGCUCAAAAAGAUCAUUCUGAUUGCAUGGAAACAAUCAGCGAUAAUGCCAUUCAUCGCGCAGCCAACUCGAACGAGACUGCAGCGCAGAGGGUCCAACGCCAACAGUCCUCCAUCGCCUCGCAGCUUCAACGCAUCGAGGGCGAACUGCCGCGCAGCACCACUGAAAGCCCGUCGACCAGUAGGAACAACGAGCCACGGCGGUCUGGUGUCGCGGAUGAUCUUCUGUACGGCGUUGGCUCUCAGUUCGGCGCCACGCCCGGUCCGGCGGGUUAG